UAGUGUGCUGCUAUUUUUAAUCUUACCAAUUCGACCCAGUGGUUUAUUUUAUUUAUUAAUGUUUUCAUUGUGUGCUACGUAACAUUUAACCAGGGCUGGAACGUGUGUUUUUUUUAUUUACUUUGGAUGUUGGUGAUGAUGAAACUAAAAAACAGUCACCACAAAACUGACUCCUGGAUUACUCCUGCUUUGUGAGUAGGCUGAUCGAUUCCCAUGAUCCCCUUUGCAAACCGCAAGACUAGGGUGUGUUUCUUUUGACUUCUUCUGUAACGAAGGAAUCUUGUGUCCAGAAUUUCCGCUCAUUUCCCGACAAUGUUAAGUUCGUAAAAAAAUAAAAAAACUGAUGUAUUAGAGUUGUCUUUCGUGUCAUGCUUUAGAAUUCAAAACGUCUCUAGCCGUAAUAGCAGGAGGCGCUGUCGAACUCCUCUUGGCAGAAUGAGUAUGUUAGCUUAAGGAUGAUCAAUUUCCGACUUUAAGGUUUGACAGUCAAAAUAGUUUGUUCCUAAGACAAAGACUGCAGGCUUUGGCCUCAUCAAGGACACCAUGGAACAGAAAGCCCACCACGUUUACAAAUCUUAAUCCUCAAGGCAAAGACUGGAUUUGAAUAAUUUAACGGGAGCAAGAGAACCAAGCACCAUUACCUUUCAAAAGGGCCUGUGGGAGACAAGGAGAAUAUGAAAGUUCCCAUAAAAAGCAUGACAUCCCAGAAACGUACUGCACAUGACAGGUGGAAUUUCUUUUGAAAUGAUUUCUCAUCCACUGGCAUUUGAGAAGAUGGAGGAACAGCCAUUGCCCGAGAUGGGCAGUGGUUUUGAAAUUUACCACUCAAGUGCAGAGUCACGUCUUUCCAUUCCUACUGCACCUAUUAAGAGAUGUGUUAAAACAGAAGGGGAACAUCAAGACAUUGAAAAUGCCAAAAGCGUUUUAAUGAAUCAUCAGUGCUCUGUUUGCUCUAAAUCUUUUAAAUUUGCCUCAAAACUUGAGCGGCAUUAUCUAAUCCACACUGGACAAAAGCCUUUUACCUGUUCUGUGUGUGGAAAAGGAUUCAGACAAUCCAUACAUUUAAAGAAGCACCAGGAAACCCAUAAAAAAUGGAGACCUUUUAAAAAUAGCUUCCAACUGAUGGAUUUUGCAAAUAGAGAGCAAUCAUUUGAAACAAAACCAUAUCAAGCCACCCAAGAUGGUUCCCAGUGCAGUUAUGCAAGCAGCAGUCAUGUUGAGUUAUGUGCUAUUUCCCAGAAAGAUGAUAAAGAUGAGCCAGAACAGCCUGACUUUGGAGACUCAAAACCCACUGAACAACCUGGACUCAACUUGAACAGCACGGAUAGUAGAAACUCUCCUGAGUGGCUGCUGGUUGACAGACAGUCUGCAACAAAGCAAAUACUUCAGGAACAUCAGGUGAACUCUUCUUUUGUGACAGAAACUAUCCCAGAUACCAAAAAAAUCCACCAGUGUACUGUAUGCUUAAAAUCUUUUAAUUCCCCUUAUAAGCUACAGAGACACUUUCUUAUUCAUACUGGACAGAAACCCUUUCAGUGUUCCAUUUGUGGAAAGACAUUCAGGCAAAUGGUACAUUUAAAACUCCAUUCACAAACCCAUUCAAAGUCUAAUUCUCCUCUGCAUUCAUUUCAAAAUGAAGUAUUUAGAAAUAGGAACUUUGAUAAUGGUGACAAUGAGUUGCAAUUUGAAGACAACGCACUGAAUGAGAUUCGUGUGAUGAGUGUAGAGAAUGAGUGUAACUCUGCACAGUCUUACACUACCGAAGAACAGCAUUUAAGUAAUUUACACAUACCUAAAAGUGCCAGUAAUGUAAUGUGUGAGUCUAGUCAUUUAGAUCAAAUGGCUUUUAAUAAGAGUGUGACAAAAUGUGAAUUACCCGAAAAAUGCCUUGAUUCUGAACAGAAAAGUCAGUGUUUGUCUGCUAAUGGUGAACAGAAGAGGAAUCAUCUGUGUUCAGUUUGUCUGAAAUGCUUUAGUUCCCCUUCUAAACUAAGGAGGCAUUAUCUUAUUCACACUGAUCUGAGGCCCUUUGAUUGCUGGGAAUGCGGAAAGACCUUUAGACAACUGGCACAUUUAAAAGUUCAUCAAGAAACCCACAGAAAUGGCAGAGACUUUGAUAAUAUUCUGCAAGAGGAGGCGUUUGGUGAGACAGGUGAAUUUGAUGACCAAGAUGAAAGCCAUAGUAAACAUCUGCUUUCAAAUUGUGAUGAAUCUUUUUUGGUUCCAGCACAACUCUGUAGCCCCAAAGAGCACAAGCCUAUGAGCUCAUAUCCACCGUCCCAACUGAAUUGUUCUGUUAAUAUCACUCCUGCGCAUGAGUCCAACAACAAAUCUUCAAAUAGUGAAGAAGAUCUCACAGCGCCUUCACCUAUACAUGAUCUCAAAACGGAAACAAAACAGCUCCUUAAUUUCACUGCAUUAGAUGAGAAAUCUGUCCAUGAAAACGGAUAUGUUCGCAAUCAGUGCAGCAUCUGCUUGAAGUCUUUUAAAUUUGCCUCAAAACUUGAGCGCCACUACCUGAUUCACACAGGAUUACGGCCAUUCAAAUGCCCAAUCUGUGGUGUAACAUUUAGACAAGCAGCUCAUUUGAAAAAACAUCAGGCAAAGCACAGAAAAGUGGAUGAUUCUAAUUAUGUAUUCCUGGGACAAGACUCGGGGACUGUUCAGGAUUCUGCUUUAACUGAUGGCCACCACAGGCAACAUCCAUCUGGGGACACGGACAACGUGCAGCAAAGAUCUUUCCAGCCCUGCGAAGAGAAUGCCCUACAACAGGCUAAACAGCUUCAACUUAAUAUUGUUGUGAAACCAGAAGAGCCAUACGAACACUGGCAUGACAACAAGGAUGAAGAGGCUGCAGACACUGUAGCACCUGAGGAGACAAUUUCAAAUAAUCUGUUACAACAAACAAUUGAUUAUACUAAAAGUGAACACCAAACACUUAACAGGAAACUCCAUCAGUGUGCUAUGUGCUCAAAAUAUUUUACAUCACCUUAUAAACUCCAGAGACACUUUUUAAUUCAUACAGGGCAAAGACCUUUUGAUUGUAAAGCAUGUGGCAAGACAUUUAGACAGCUUGAACAUUUAAAAUUCCAUAAACGCACCCACAUCAGACUUGAACAUUUGCAGCAGGAAGAGACAAACAUUGACCGUGACCCUUCUACCCCUCAGCAAAUUAGAAGUGGAAGUUUGACUGCAGAGACUGCUUUGAAUUUAGAUGCCUCUUUGGAGCAAAACCCUCUUGAACAAAGUGAACUGGAAGAGUCGCAGCCUCCUGAAAUUGAUUCGGAUAUGAAUAUAGCGAAUGCUCAAGAAAACAUUUUUAGCAGCAGUGAAAGUUUCGAUCAGCCCGAAACACGGAUCUCAAUUUCAACAGAAAGCUUGCCUGAGGAACAUACUCUGGGCUCGGACAAGAUUAAAAACCACAGGACACAUCCGUGUUUGAUGUGUUUAAAAUGCUUUGAUUGCCCUUCCAAACUUCAAAGGCAUUACUUGACCCAUACUGGGCAGAAGCCAUUUCGAUGCUUUGCAUGUGGUAAAGAAUUCAGGCAAGCCAUACACUUAAAAGUACAUCAGCGUACCCACAACAAAUGGAGGGCUUUCAAAAGUGCCUUUCAGCAGCAGAAAUUUCUUAAUGCGAACAGAUUGAGCAGUCAGGAUCAGUCCCAGGGAAAUGAGAAAACAUCUCAAAGUCAGCCUAAUCAUGAUAAUGCUCCGCAGUCACAAGAAGACACAAAUUUAGUGGAAUUCAGUAAAAUCGCUGAACAUACUAUAGAUGAGGAUGCUUUUACCGAAGAAGUGUAUCAGGCGAACCACACCUACAUUUCUGAAAACAGUGACAAUGCAGAUGUCAGCAGAAGAGUCUAUCAGUGCUCUAAAUGUUUAAAAUGCUUUAGUGCACCCUCACAACUAGAGAGGCAUUAUCUCAUUCAUACUGGACAGAGGCCUUUUGAGUGCCAUAUUUGCCGGAGGGCCUUCAGACAGUCAUCCCAUUUAAAAGCCCACUACCGCACUCACAGAGAUAUAAAAACUAUGAAAAGCAACUUGCAACACAGGAGGCUUAUUUCUCUCAGGAGGGUGGCAGACAUAAAGCAGAACCACACCCAGAAGAGACCACCUCUGUUACACAGUGUGUCUAACACUGCACCAGCGGCUUUCUUUAGUGGAGCUGGAAAAACACACGAUGGAGUCCAACUCACUGAAUCCUCUGCACACUUAGAAUCUGAGAAGCCCAUCCUGGAUAACUAUGUUGAUUUAGUGACGGACACAAACGGAACACCAGUGCAAAAGAAAUGUCUGAUGCAAGAUCAGACGUCACUAGGGCAUCAAAAUACUGGACGCACAGAAGGAAAAAAUGUCAAAAAGCGUAUCCAUCAGUGCUGCUUGUGUCACAAGAGUUUUGAUUGUCCUUCCAAACUUCAAAGGCAUUAUCUUUCACAUACAGGGCAGAAACCUUUUGAAUGCUAUGUUUGUGAAAGGAAAUUUAGACAGCUGACUCAUUUAAAAAGACACCAACAAAGUCACAAUGGUCUUAAAAAGUCCAUUAGUCAGCCACUGCACCAUGGAGACCACAGUCCUCAAGGACACCUUUCCCCUAGCAUUUUGUCCCAUGCCAGUGUCUCCCAAGACAAGAAACAGAAACAACAUACAGACACAUUACGGUCUGAUGUUUUGAAACAAGAAAGUUAUGCUGUCGAUGGCAGUGGAACACCAGAGAAUAAAGAAGUAGAGAGCAGUUUUACUGCGGAUUCACUGGCUCUUAACAUGCAGAAUCAUGAGGCUGAAAAUGGAGAAAGUGUUCAUGACAGUAAAAGGAUUUAUCAAUGCACCAGAUGCUUAAAAUGCUUUGAAGCACCUUCUCAACAAGACAGGCAUCAUUUAAUUCAUACUGCACAGAAGCCUUUCAUGUGUUACAUUUGUUCAAAUUCAUUUAGGCAACCAUCUCAUUUAAAAACCCAUCAACAUACCCUUAAGAAGUUAAGAGCAUUAAAACAUUCUUAUGAAAGUAAUGUAAACCAGGAGCACAACCAGAGUGCACAGGGAGUAUCUCUUUAUGAUGAUCAGUUUGCUGUGUCUUCUCUGUCCCUUGUCCUGCAAGAACAAAAGCUAAACCUAGCUGAGCCAGCAGUUCCACAUAAUCCACCACAAAGCACAAUGGGUGAAUACAGCACAUGUCUUUCUGAAGAAGAGAGUUGUAAUAUGCCCCAGACAAAUCUCCCUGAAUCAAGCCAAGGGAAAGGUUGUCAAAGGAAGGAAUAUCAGUGCUCAGUAUGCCCAAAGAGUUUUAAUUCCCCUUCCAAACUCAAAAGGCACUUCCUUAUUCACACUGGUCUGAAACCUUUUAAAUGUUACAUGUGUGAAAAGUCAUUUAGGCAGCUUUGUCACCUUCAGAAUCACCAGCACACCCAUUCAGAGUGGAAAUUCUGUGAUAAGACGCAAAGUGAUUUUGAGAAAGAACAUCCCUGCAGUCUUCAGAAUCAAUCAGAGAAUCACCCCCCUUCUGAAAAGCUGACUUAUGAAAUACCAUGGUGUGCAUCCGGAGCUAUUCAGGAAAACAUAAAAGGUCUAGAAGAGCAGGCAGACUGUGUUUCAGAACCACAUGGACAGAACACUAACCAGUGCUUAACUGUUAAUGGCAGUUUGGAUCCAGCACAAGAAGCUAAUGAUACAGUAUCAGACGAAAUACUGGAAGAAUGUGCCACAGACUCAUCUGCAAAAGUAGAAGAUGGAUUGAAACAGAAAGAGAAGAAGCAUAAGUGUUCUGAAUGUCUCAAAUGUUUUUCCUCCCCUUCAAAACUUGAAAGGCAUUACUUAAUUCAUGCUGGGGAGAAGCCCUUUGAGUGUUCUGUGUGUAAUAAGUCAUUUAGACAGGCUGCACAUCUCAAAGUUCAUCAGCGAAUUCAUGCAAAACAGUUUGGUGGCUCAGAUUCCCUUCAGCAGGAGGUAACAAACAAUGACUUCAGUGAGGAUCAUCAGGGCCAGAAUAUGCAUCAGUCAUGGCAGCUUGAAGCUGAUUCUAAAACCUGUCCACAAUAUAAUACGAAUCAGGUAGCAGUUGAGAGAUCAGGGGAUGAUCUGCCUGAACUUGAUACGGCCUCAGAGUCUGAUUAUACUAAUGGAUACUGGAGUUCCUCCAGUCCGAGUGGACUUUUCAAGUGCAUGGAAUGCAAUCGUUAUUUUGGAACAGAAAGGAAGCUUCAAGUGCACAAGUGCACUUUUAAAAAUCAGACCCAAGCAAAAAGUACAAGCAGGAGCCUUUAUCAAUGUGCUAUAUGCUUCAAAAGCUUUGAUUCUCCCUCUAAACUCAAAAGACACUAUGUAAUUCAUACAGGACAAAGACCAUUUGAGUGUUCUGUAUGCAGGAAGACUUUUACCCAGUCUUGCCAUUUAAAAACACAUCAGCUUACUCACUUCAAGUAGAAAAACCUGACAUGACCCGGAUCCAAACAGUUUUUUUUUUGUAAAAAUGUAAAAGACAAUGUUAUUGAGUUACUGAUAUAUGUGCAAAAAGAUCAGUUGCUGUUUUUGUUUAAAGUAGUUUACAUAACUUUUUGGAAGCUGACCCCAGAACAGUCUGGGACUGAGGCUGUGAAAAAGAAGAAGACAUAACUUUUUUGGUAUUUCUCAAAAAGCAUGAGGGUGAAUUGAGUGUUCGUCAUUUUUCGAUCUUGUUUACAUUUAUCAGGUUUUACAACGUAGAAAAGGCAUGUAUACUUGUUUUAAUAAGGCUAAUGCAUUUGUUUUUUAUUUUCAAGUCGUCAUUGCAUUUUUGUGUCCUGCAUCUUUGAAAGUAGCCCUCUUGCGACUCAUAUGAUGAUCAGCAAUAUAAUGGUAUUCCUGUCUUUUAUAUUGUAUUAUUUUUUUAUACUGGAAGAGUACCUGAACAUAAUUUUAAUAAUAUUGAAGUACUUUGUGGUUCAUACUUUUGAGACUUUUAAAUGCAUGCCUUUACAUAAAAUAUGUGUGAUUAUAUCUAAUUAUUUACUUUUAUUUUAUGUUGUGAGUUUUUAUUUAUAGAUCUUUGGAAUUUCUUUUAUUUGAAAUGCAGUAGUCAUUGUCUCAAACUAAGGAAAGAAUUGUAGCAAUAUAUUUGCAGUUUUUUAAAGUUAUAUUUAAACAGCUGCAUGUCACUUUCCAUUUUAUAUGGUGUAUUCAUACAUGUAUAAGUGCAUUGUAGUCCAUUCUUUUUCUGAAAAUAAUUUUGUUGCUUUUUAAACAAACAUGAAACUGCACUCAAAGCUGAAGUUUGUUUUGCACAAAUGAUAGUUUUUUUAUUGUACAAAAUAAAGCUUACAUAAAGGUGUACCAUUUGUUGAU